AUGGCGGCCACCGAGCAACUGGCCAUGGUGCUCAUUAUAUUGCGCUAUCUGGCCACCAACAGUCAUCAGACAGUGAUUGCGGACUGUUUUGGUAUAAGCCAGAAGGCAGUGAGCGACGUAGUGACGCAAAUGGUGGAUGCGCUCAAUCAACCCGAUAUCGAAGCACGUUUCCCCCGCUUCUGGCCUUCUGGUGAACGGUGGUGCUUGCGAAGACCUCAAGAAUUUGCCAAGAACCCGAGAUUUACGAGUGCUCAUUAUGUUACGCUAUCUGGCCACACUCAUCAGACAGUGAUUGCGGACUGUUUUGGUAUAAGCCAGAAGGCAGUGAGCGACGUAGUGACGCGAAUGUUGGAUGCGCUCAAUCAACCGAUAUCGAAGCACGUUUCCCCCGCUUCUGGCCUUCUGAUGAACGGUGGUGCUUGCGAAGAUCUCGAGAAUUUGCCAAGAACCCGAGAUUUACGAGACCUUAUUGAACUGCAUGAAAUGAGGGGAGCGAUAGUUGUACAAGCGUCACUAGCGCAGAGAAUUGACAGCUGA